AUGUUGCACAGAACAUCAUCAUCAAGACGUCGCCGUGCUUCUAGAAGUGCUGCCACAUCUCCCCAAGCUAGAUCCCCAAGAGCAUCUGCACAGGCUUCAAGAAGAGCAUCACUGGCAACUACAGAGACUGAUGAUGAAAUAGAGAUGCCACCGCCUCAAAGGAGUCCAAGAGCUAGUUUAGCUCCUGAUGCUGCACUAGAAACAUAUCACCGAAGUCCGCGCCAUUCCUUAGUUCCAGAAAUAAGAUCAGCUAGAAAUUCAAUAACACCAGAUACAGCCCCUCAAAUUAGAAAUACUCUAGCGCCUAGUAGGAAUAAUUUAUGCGUUGACCUAGCUUAUGGUUCUAGGCUAAGUCUGAACCCACAAGAUUUUAAUAGGAGUCCCCGCAACAGUAUUACUCCAGACAUGUCUGCAAGAAGCCCAAGAAGAAGUUUAGUCCCAGAGGGCACAUCAUGGAAUCAACCUAGAAAUUCCCUUGUUCCUGAUGUAGGUAGAAGUCCAAGGCAUUCAGUAGCGAGUAUACAAAUAGAUCCUGCAAGAAAUCAGAAAGAAUUAGAUUCCAAUCUACGGAUAAGUCCAAGGGGGAAUACACCUGAUGUUCCUGUAAAAAGUAAAGAUCUCCCAGAAAUAAAUAGGAGUCCAAGAGGAUCUUUAAUACCUGACACUCAAAGGAGUCCUAGAGGAAGCAUUGCACCGUCGGAGAGGAGCGCUAGAGGAAGUUUAGUGACUGCUGAUGCUGAUGCUUCCAAAAUCAGUCCGAGAGGAAGUCUUACUUUAACAUUUCAAGAACCUUUGAUUUCAAGGGAAAGGCGAGCUAGCGAAGAUAGUCAAGCAGCAAAUAACCGAGGACGAAGCGUGUCGCCGUAUAGAGCAUCACUAGGCGGUCGUCAAAGUGGAACAGGAGCUUUAUCGGACGCAGGAUCCAGGCGAGCGUCUAGUUCAGUUAGUCAGGUCAGUAUAUUUUUAACAACUAUUUCGUCUUGUAAUUAACGGAUUGUUUUUGUUUUUAAAUUGUAAUUAACUCAAUUGUAACAAUUGAUUUAACUUAACUUGAAUUUAUUGUAAUUUUGUGAAGCAAUGUAUGUUGCAAUGUCCUUGCAGGACACAUGUUGAGGAUCAUUUAUAUGUAAGAACAUAUUUACCAACAUGGAGCAAUAAAUAUUAUGACUAUAAAAAAAAAACUACAAUUACGAAUUUGAAUUGGAACACGAGCGUUGGAUGAGGACCGCGAGCGACUAUGGCUAA